AUGGACGAGUCAACAGUGACAAAAAUUGAACAAGUGACAGAUGGGGUAGGAAUGGUUUACAGUGGUCUGUCGCCAGAUUAUCGUGUAUUGGUUAAACAGGCCAGAAAGUCGUCCCAGGCAUAUCAGCUGGCGUAUGGUGAACCUAUAUCUCCGGAACAAUUGGUUAUCCGAAUAGCUGCUGUUAUGCAAGAAUAUACACAAUCCGGUGUUUAA